AUGUCUCUUCCUGUUAAGUUAGAGUUUCUAACUAACUCUUGCAAAAGUGGUGGGUUAGACGUCAUUUUCGGAGGGGAAAGAUAUCAUAAGAUAUCACUCGAAUCCAAUACAGAUGGAUCACCAGUGAAAUUACGAGACCUAAUAAAGUACAUUGUGGAUAACAUGAUUAAGGAUGAAAAAGACAUCAAUGUGUUCUUGGAGAAUGGUACCAUACGUCCCGGUAUUUUGACUUUGAUCAACGACACGGACUGGGAGCUAGAAGGAGAAGAAGAGUACGAGCUGGAAGCUGGUGAUGUGAUAGCAUUUACUUCUACAUUGCAUGGUGGUUAAAAUCAUAUUAAAAAGAAAUAUCGAACGAGCUAUCUAAUUUGGUUCAAGCGACAACCCAAGAGUCCCUGUCCAGGCCAAUUUGAAGAUGGGGUCAGUGAAAUACUAAUCUGUUCGAGUUCCCUUAGAAUCAAUAUAUCAAUUGAACUCUUUUGAAUGUUAUUAGUAUCACUGUCACUGCAUAUUUAAAAGCCAUGUUGAAGAUGUUUGUACUCACGUUUACCUUAUUCUUCACCAAAGGGGCAAUAUUUCUCAAAUCAUUAUGGUUAGUAGCGUCGAUAUCACCAAAUCUUACAACCUUGUCUUGUACUUUUAGACCCUAAAUUUUGUAACAGUUGUUAGUUCAUAUAAAAUGAGUGUGACAAAAGUAUUGGAUGACAAAUUAUACUUACAGAGAAUUCCGCGGGACUAUUGGAGACGACUUCAGUUAUAAUGGCAAACGGUACAGGUUUCUCUUGAGAUAUUUC